AGGUCCAGGUCCAGGUCCAGGUCCAGGUCCAGGUCCAGGUCCAGGUCCAGGUCCAGGUCCAGGUCCAGGUCCAGGUCCAGGUCCAGGUCCAGGUCCAGGUCCAGGUCCAGGUCCAGGUCCAGGUCCAGGUCCAGGUCCAGGUCCAGGUCCAGGUCCAGGUCCAGGUCCAGGUCCAGGUCCAGGUCCAGGUCCAGGUCCAGGUCCAGGUCCAGGUCCAGGUCCAGGUCCAGGUCCAGGUCCAGGUCCAGGUCCAGGUCCAGGUCCAGGUCCAGGUCCAGGUCCAGGUCCAGGUCCAGGUCCAGGUCCAGGUCCAGGUCCAGGUCCAGGUCCAGGUCCAGGUCCAGGUCCAGGUCCAGGUCCAGGUCCAGGUCCAGGUCCAGGUCCAGGUCCAGGUCCAGGUCCAGGUCCAGGUCCAGGUCCAGGUCCAGGUCCAGGUCCAGGUCCAGGUCCAGGUCCAGGUCCAGGUCCAGGUCCAGGUCCAGGUCCAGGUCCAGGUCCAGGUCCAGGUCCAGGUCCAGGUCCAGGUCCAGGUCCAGGUCCAGGUCCAGGUCCAGGUCCAGGUCCAGGUCCAGGUCCAAG